GUUUAAGUUUAUCCUUAUUUUCAAGUUUGUUCAUCAUUUUGUGCUUAAAUGUGUAAUGCCUUGAUUUAAAUAGAAAUACGCAACGAUGUCUGUUACAAGUUUGACUUUGUUUAUUACAUUUUUUGUAAUAUCUAAUCUUGGUCCGGUCUCAUCAGAAUGCACAAUUCCCAUAGUACUGAGAAACACAUGGUUUUCUUACGAAAAUGGACAACAAACUAUAACCGAUAUUAAUGCUAAUGAAAUGACAGGAAGGGGCGUUUGUGUAAAUAUUAAGGCAGAUUACCAUGUCAACUAUACAAUGGUAUUUCGAUACACAAAUUGCUAUUACUGCGUGAAAUUGAUAGCACGCACGGUAAAUGUUUUAGAAAAGAUUGAGACUCCUUGUGUAGAUGUGGCUCCGGAUGAAGAGCCAACUGUUGAGAGAGUGUGCCGCAGUUUGAUUCCUGAUCAACAGUUUAUAACCUUAUUCUCUGAAAAUUCAGUUCCAGUAAAUUGUCGUUCAUCACUUGAAGGAGUGUGGCAGUUUGCUUAUCAGAACCGGUUUCGUUUCACCGGAGAGUGCAACCACCCAGAUGCACAGAUCAAAUCAUGUCAAACUGCAGGCACACAGUUUUUAAUUACCAAUCAGAAGUUUAACAUAACUUAUAGAAAGUGUCCAGGAAUGUCUGGCACUUUUGAUGGUGUGGUUGAAUAUAGCUGUUUGGGACAUUGGUUUGUGGAUAAAAACCAUUUCUUUGCUGUUGCUAACACGAAAGAGUCACGUAAAGACGAACGAUAUCGUUGCUUCCUUAAGAACAGAGAUGAUGAUCUGUACAUUGGUGCCUCUAUAACACCACAGUGCAGUACAUUGAAGACAGUCGAAAAAUCUCCAGAGAGAUAUCGCGUUACUCCAGUUAAGGCUGAAGUGGUUGAACCUGGUUGUCGUUUACCACAAAAUUUCUCUGGAGACUGGAUCAAUACAGCGAACAUAGAUGCAGAUGUAUUCAUCAACGAAACGCAUAUCAUUGAAACAUACUAUCCGGAUGAAGGUCGAUUUAGACGUACUAUCUAUGUGUGCAGGGAACAACGAGAUAGUAGGGUUAUGAUGGCGCGACUUACAGUGGACGGUUGUCAAAAGGAUUAUGUUUGCUUUGAUUUUAUGCCUCAGCAUCACAAUGUUAUAAGGUUCCGUAAAGGUUUGGCAAUGAUACAAAGUAAUUUCCACACUGUUUGCUCAUGGGUACAAUUUCCUAACAAGCAGCAAUGGCGAUAUGAUAUAUUCCUUAAGAAAGACCCGUCGCCCAUUCGCUGUCCUGUAGCUGGUAAAUUUAAUUUUACCCAAAGAGGAGAUGUUAGAUUUGAAACUAGGAUACUUGGUGGAGUAACUUUAAGUCCUCGUCCAAACCUUUACUGCAAAAUCAACAUAAGUGAUUUCUCAGUGUGUGAUACUGAUCAGAAAACAAUACAAAUAAAGGAAAAUUACUGUCUGUCUGUGGAUCAUUUAGGUAGACCUGUAGAUAUAUACAGUGAUCCGGAUUACAAGAUGAAAUGUAUCGGAUAUUGGAAAGAGAAUUUGAAAUCUUAUCUCAUUACUUAUGAUGAAUUGGAUCCUUUCUCCAAAUACCGUUGCUGGGUAUAUCAGAGAGCGGAUUUAAACAGGGUGCUAAUGUCUCAAGCAUUGGGUCCGUAUUGCGAUUUGAAACAAGACGUAACAUCAUGGAACUACACAGAAGGCGCAGCUGUUGCUAUAGAAAUGGAGGAAUACGAAAGGGAACGGGAUCAAUGCCCGAUGCAUUUCGAUGAUGGCAGUGACCCGUGGGCAACUAAAGAAAAUUAUAUAAAAAUAUUUACAUUCAGCUAUUCGUUUUGGAAAAACAAUGGUGCAUCAGUGUUGCAAGUAACUAAUUUACUUAUAUUGAUAGUUACUUUGUCAUUUUGUAAUAGAAUUUUUUAAAGUGAUUAUUUUAAUAUGUAUU